GUAACUAUAAAAAGUGGUCACAUUUAACAUCUAACACCAUCAAACCUCAGCUCUACUUGAAAACAUUCCAACCUCGAUAACAAUCAACACUUCCUCAAAUUUUAUUUGAUCGACACCAUGGGUGAAGCCGUUAUGUUCCCUCUCACCUUUGAUCACCAUGAAUCGAAAGGCAUCAUACCCGAGAAUAUGAACGGGAAUGACGAUUCAUGGUUUGAAGAAGUUAUCGAUGAUGAUCUUAAAUGGUCUUUCGCUUUAAACAGCGUGCUGCAUAAAGUGAUAAGCGAGUAUCAAGACAUAGUUCUCUUGGAUACAAAGCACUUUGGAAAGGCGUUGGUAAUUGAUGGGAAGAUGCAAAGUGCAGAAAGCGACGAGUUCAUAUACCAUGAAUGCUUGAUUCAUCCUCCUCUUUUAUCUCAUCCCAACCCAAAAGCUGUGUUCAUAAUGGGAGGUGGUGAAGGGUCUACUGCUAGAGAAGCACUUAAGCACAAGUCCAUUGAAAAAGUAGUCAUGUGUGAUAUUGAUCAGGAGGUGGUUGCCUUCUGCCGUGAACAUCUCACUGCAAAUAAAGAAGCCUUCUGUAACAAGAAGCUUGACCUCAUCAUCAAUGAUGCCAAGAUUGAACUAGAGGAGAGGAAAGAGAAAUUUGACAUAAUAGUCGGAGACUUGGCUGAUCCAGUUGAAGGGGGGCCUUGCUAUCAACUUUACACAAAGUCCUUUUAUCAGGAGAUCCUCAAACCUAAGCUUAAUCCCAAUGGAAUCUUUGUUACACAGGCUGGACCUGCAGGGGUGUUUACACACCAAGAAGUGUUUUCAUCUAUUUACAACACCAUCAAGCAGGUCUUCAAAUAUGUGGUAGCAUACACUGCACAUGUGCCUUCUUUUGCUGAUGAAUGGGGAUGGGUUAUGGCAUCAGAUGCACCGUUUUGUAUCGAGGAAGGGGAAAUAGACAAGAAAAUACGAGAAACAAUCAAGGGAGAAUUGUUGUAUUUAGAUGGUGCUUCAUUCUGCUCCUUAACAGUUCUUAACAAAAUGGUUUCCUCAACAUUGAAAAGUGAGACUCAUGUGUACACCGAGGAUAAUGCAAGGUUCAUUCAUGGCCAAGGAGUUGGGAAAAAGUGAAACCUUUAAAAGGUUUUCUUAUGUUUAUCUUCUUUAGAGAACAAAUCAAGAUGUAAACAUUGCUAAAAUUAUUUGGAAUUGGGAUUUGGGAGUUUCUAGUUUAUAAAAUAUACACCCACG